UCUCUCAGGACAAAAAAAAAUUGUCCCAUUUACUGCCGGAGCUUGCUCUCCGUUUGGGAUUCUUCGAGGCUUCAUCGAUUCGUGCUCCCGGUUUGGAUUUGUAUAUAUUGACUUGAUCUCCGACUGCUUUACUAGGAGGAGGAAGAAUGGCCAGGGGAGGCGAAGCCGAAAAGGAAGCUAUCCUUCUGGAGUUCACGCCCACAUGGAUCGUCGCCGCUGUGUGCUCCGUAAUCGUCUUCAUCUCCCUCUUCGUCGAGCGAUUGCUCCAUUACUUCGGAAAGGCUCUGAAGAAGAAGAACCAGAAGCCCCUCUUCGAUGCGCUACAGAAAGUUAAAGAAGAGUUGAUGGUGUUGGGGUUCAUAUCGCUGCUGCUGACGGUGUUCCAAGGGUCUAUCCAGAAUAUCUGCAUCCCCGAGGGAUGGACCAGGCACAUGCUUCCCUGCAAAAAGGAGUUGGAGGAGGCUGCCACGACGGAGCACUUCUUUGCCGGUGUUCUCGGCAGUGGCCGGCGGCUGCUUUCUGGAAGUGGACUUGGGGAGGAACAUUGCCGAAGGAAGGGAAAAGUCCCAUUGCUAUCUCUUGAAGCAAUACAUCACUUGCAUAUCUUCAUUUUUGUUCUGGCAAUCACUCAUGUGGUUUUCAGUGUUCUCACCAUGCUUCUGGGCGGAGCACAGAUCAGUCAGUGGAAACGUUGGGAAGAGUCAAUCCAGAAAGAAAUAACGGGAAAUGGGGCAGCUUCCCAAAAGGUUACCCAUGUGCAACAAUUUGAGUUUAUCAGGGACCAUUUCAAGGGUAUUGGCAAAGAUUUGCGGAUCCUAAGUUGGGUGCAUUGUUUUGCUAAGCAAUUCUAUGGUUCUGUAACUAAAUCAGACUACACCACAAUGAGACUGGGUUUUAUUAUGACACAUUGCAGGGGGAACCCAAAAUUUGAUUUCCAUAAGUAUAUGGUGCGAACGCUUGAAGCUGAUUUCAGGAAAGUUGUUGGUCUAAGCUGGUACCUUUGGAUCUUUGUGAUUAUCUUCAUGGUGCUGAAUGUUAACGGUUGGCAUACAUUUUUUUGGAUAGCAUUCAUUCCUUUGAUUCUUCUGCUUGCUCUUGGCACUAAAUUGGAGCAUGUCAUUACUCAGUUGGCACGUGAGGUUGCUGAAAAGCAUUCAGCAAUAGAAGGUGAUCUGGUAGUCAAGCCAUCAGAUGAUCACUUCUGGUUCCACCGGCCGCGUCUUGUACUGUACCUUGUUCACUUUAUCCUCUUUCAAAAUGCCUUCGAGAUUGCAUUUUUCUUCUGGAUACUGACUACUUUUGGCUUAGAUUCCUGCAUGUUGGAUCAUGUUGGUUUUGUCAUCCCCAGACUUGUGAUUGGGGUCAUCAUCCAGCUUCUCUGCAGCUAUAGCACACUACCACUGUAUGCCAUUGUCUCACAGAUGGGGAGUUCUUUUAAGAAGGCCAUAUUUGAUGAGCAUGUGCAAGAGGGUCUUGUUAGCUGGGCUGAGAAGGUAAAGAGGAGGAAGGGGGCAAAAGUGGGCAAUGAGCUUGCUGGAUUAAGCCGCAGAUCAGCAGAAUCUUCUGUCAAGAUUGAGAUGCAGGGACUCGUUAGGAAGAAGGAAGAGGGGGGAGGUGGACAUGCUCACCCAGAUAUGCCAUAGCUAAAUACUCAUGCAAUCCAUCAAUUGGCCAGCAACUAUGAUACUAUAACUUAUAUAUCCACACUUAAUAUGCCAGUGCACAUUCAGAACAUGAAUCGCAUAUGUUUUAUAUAAUGCACAUGAGGGUGCUGUUCACUGAGUUCCUUUCUAAGGUUGGAAUAAUUUACUGGCAUAUGUUUCAGAUUAAGAUAUGGCAGGUGCCUUCAUGUGGAUUUAGUUCUACUAUAUUGUUAUUGCUAAUGUAGAGAAAUAGAUGACAUAAAAUAGUUCUGGUAA